AAUGCCGGUGCCUCUAAAAUAAUGUGACCUUCCAUUACGCCCGCAGUAGGACCAUUCCAUAGGCAGCCGAUAAUUCCUUGGGUGGUUUAAAAGAUAUUAAUCAAAGGUUACUAUGGGUGACAUUGCAAAGGGAAAGAAGGCCUUCGUUCAGAAAUGCGCCCAGUGCCACACUGUCGAAGAGGGUGGGAAGCACAAAGUGGGUCCAAACCUUUGGGGUCUGUUCGGACGUAAGACUGGUCAGGCUGAGGGCUACUCCUACACAGACGCCAACAAGAGCAAAGGCAUUACUUGGGGUGAAGCCACCCUGAUGGAGUACUUGGAAAACCCAAAGAAAUACAUUCCAGGAACAAAGAUGAUCUUUGCUGGCAUCAAGAAGAAGGGCGAGCGCCAAGACCUUGUUUCAUAUUUGAAGUCUGCGACGUCGUAAAACAUUGUAUUUGAAGAUAAAUAUUUAAGUUAAAUGUAUUUUUAGUAUGUUUGCUGUCCAUUUUUGAUCUGUACUUCAAUGACACAAAAUCACUAUAUAAUGGCCAGGACUCAUCAAUCUUUGUGUUGUCAUGGAAUGUGUCCAAUGCCAGACCCAUCUUACUUGUGAACAGAAUCUAAUUUCACUUGAUUUCAUGCUGUUAAUGCUGAGAUAUCAGUCAUGGUUGAUCAGCUGGUGGUUACUGAAGGUCCCUGGUUUCCCUCCCUCCUGAAGGAAUGACAAUAUAUCCCCUGGUUUAACAGGAGCUGUUGAAAGUUAAGUUAUUUUACUGUAAUGAAAGUUAUAAGUAUUCCAGAAGGCUGUUUGUAAUUGAAGUGGCUAUAUGCACAAUGGUAGCUAUGGUAUGUACCUGAAGGAAUUGAUCAAUAAACUGCUAUAAUAGAG